UUCUUCCCCGCUUCCCGUCAUUCUUUUUAGCCUAGUUUUUCUUUUUACGAUAAAUAGACGGCAGUUGCCCGUAAAUUUAUUCUCGUAAUGGCUGCCACGCUAAAUGUGUAGCUUAUUGGUUAUGUCAUGACAAAAGUGUUUUCGGAUGGGUGUGAUAAACGAAUAACUCAACAAGUGUUACGAACAAUGAUCGUAUGAAAGCUAUUGGAGUAGCAUUCUUCCUGGAACGUUUCUUCUUUCAUGUUUCGUUUUUUGGCAAUUAAGUUAUGGACUCGGCAUUUGUGUAAUAUAUGUAAUAAAAACAUAAUCUAUGCUGCGUGAAAAGUGUAAAUCGGGACCAUAUUGAGUGUAAAGUGAAUUGAGGGAAUUUAAAAUGACGGAUCCGAGAUCAUCGUCAGCCCUGUUCAAGAGAGCGGAGCAGUUGAAAAGAUGGGAGGAAUCCGACACCAACAAACAGUCAGCGAUGCCGAAACGAGCAUCCAGAAUACAAUUUUCAUCAGAAAUUGUGUUUUUAGCGGCAUGUACGUCUGGGGACAAGGACGAGGUACAGAGGUUACUGAAAAUGGGCGCAGACAUAAACACGGCGAACGUGGACGGGUUGACGGCGCUGCAUCAGGCGUGUAUCGAUGAUAAUCUCGAGAUGGUCGAGUUUUUGGUGGAGCACGGGGCUGAUGUAAACCGCGGAGACAACGAAGGGUGGACACCAUUGCAUGCCACUGCAUCGUGUGGAUUUCUCAGUAUAGCUAGGUAUCUCCUUGAAAACGGUGCAGAUGUAGCGGCCGUUAACUAUGACGGAGAACUACCUGUAGAUAUUGCCGAAAAUGAGAAAAUGAAGGACCUGCUAGAAAAAAUUAUAAAAGAAAACGGUAUUAAUUGUCACAAAUCAAGACAUGCAGAAGUGGAUACUCUAUCGCGGGAUGCCGAAAACUGGGCGAAGAACGGUUAUGUUGAAGUAAGGGAUCCGAAGACAGGUGGCACUCCAUUGCAUGUGGCGGCGGCUAAGGGUUACUACGAUGUUGCAAAAAUCCUUUUGGAGAAAUGCAACGUGGAACCCGACUGUGUAGACUACGAGGACUGGACACCACUUCACGCGGCGGCGCUUUGGGGCCAAAAGGACGCUGCUGAAUUGUUAUUAAAGCAUGGUGCAGAUCCCAACCUAAAAAACUAUUCGGGGCAAACCUGUCUGGAUCUUGUGGAUCCGUCGAUAUCCGCGUGGUUGGCUGAAGCGUCCCUGAAAGCGCCGCGUCGCAUCAACAACAACAACAAUAAUAAUAACAACAAGCGCAAGAGGAGUCCCCCGCAACACGAUGUUAAGAGAGUCGAGCUUGAGAUCACUGGAAACACUGAUAAUGUUAUUAACGAUAAGCCGCCGACUGUGCCAGAGAUUAUCCCCAAGGUCUCGGACGGCAAGCCGCCGAAAGGCCGCGCGCCGUCGCCCGAUUCGAUAGAGCCGACAGCAGAAAACGAGGCUAUGGACGAAGCACCCUCGUGGCGACGUUCGGCCUCCUUCCGUAACAGGCAGCAGGAUAAUGGACGUGAAAACAAACCGGCUAACAACAAUUUGGACAGUGAUACGAUACUCAGGAGAACGCACAGCUUUGAAAAUGACAAGACUUUCUAUCAACGAUACCGCGACGUGACGGCGCGUAUAAAGGCAUCAUCCUGUCCGUCUAUACCGCCGCUGCCGCAGUCAACGUUGGCUUCAAUCGAGCUAAGGAAAAAACAAAAUCUGGAGGCUACUAACAAUGCGACUGAGAAUACUAAUGAGGAUGUUCCGACCAGAAUAAACCCGAGUGACAGGAGAGAAAGAGAAGCGAACACGUGGAACGCUCCGUCCAAUAAUUCUGCCACGGUCUCGCCAGCCAAUUCCACUACACAGACAAUCAGGAGCUCCUCGGAGAGCGUAGAGUCGAACAGUAGCAAUUCAACACCGAGCUCGGCAACACCUACCAAACUGUCGCCUGGGAACAUAUUCAAGAAUUUCUUCAAGUCAUUUGUACCUCCUGUCCGGGAUGAAGAGAGUGAGACGCAGAGGAAGGCGCAUGCCAAACGUGUUCGGGAGACGCGGCGAUCGACGCAGGGGGUGACUCUUGAUGAGAUCAAAUCAGCUGAGCAAUUAGUCAAGAAGAAAGCUGGUAAUGGAACGACGGAAACUCCCUUGCCAACCAGCGUGAAGGCAAAUGCUACAUCCAACAUGGAUCACUCGUUCGAGUUGGAAGACGCGGGUCGGUCUUCGCCCCGGACGACAGCGCCCGCUGCGGAGGCGACAGUCUUGCUACGUCGGCCACCCUCGGCCUCUACUGCCAACACUACCGCUACUGCACCUCCUAUCAGUAACACUCACGUCAGUUCCUCGUCGACAGAAGACAGCCGCACCGGUGAAGAGGAAAAAGAACGCGAGAGCAGUUCAGAAAGCAAAUCUUCUUCGUCACCUUCAAGCACGCAAGCGGCGCUCAAUGUCAUACAGCGCAGGCGAAGACCGAAACGACGUUCCACCGGUGUCGGCCAUGUUGACAUGGACGAUAUUGUUAACGAUCGCGGCGGGGGCGGCGAAGGCGAUGGGGAGGCGGAAAAUAUUCAGUCUGGUAGCGAACGCACUGAAGACGGCGAGGACCGGGAUUACAAAGCUCUUUACGAGGCGUCACAGAGCGAGGUGCGCCGUUUACGCGCUUUGCUGACGACGUCCGAGCAACAGUUGCGAGACGCUCGCGCUACUAUCACCAGGCUUUCGCAAGUGAAUCAGAAUUCGCUGUCCGAGAUAGAGAAGCGAGAAAAGAGAGCAAUGGAGAGGAAGUUAUCUGAAAUGGAGGAAGAAUUGAAGGUAAGGCAUCAGCAGACGCUUCAGGCGGAGAACCAGCGAUUGAAGGACGAGAAUGGCGCGUUAAUACGAGUGAUCAGCAAACUGUCCAAGUGAGCGUUGGGACAUAGUAGUAUUUGACAUUCGUUUCCUAAAAUAAAUAGUUUGUAUAUACCUUUGAAAACCUUGAUUGCUAUAUAAGAUGUAGUUCAAUUUUAUAGUCGCCGCAAUACAAUUAUUUAUGAAUUGAUACUUAUUAUU